GAGAGAGAGGCAGAGAUGACAGGCUUGGUUGAGGAUGGAGUUCCUCCAGGAAACCUUUCUGGGAGACAUCACUUUGACAUUGAUGUAAUUGAUGAUGAAGUGAAUGACAAUCCUAUUGAGCAAGUCAGGCUAACUGUUUCGACCACCGAUGACCCUUCUCAACCAACCUUGACAUUUCGGACAUGGGUUCUUGGCCUUCUCUCAUGCUCCAUUCUUGCCUUUGUCAACCAGUUUUUCGGGUACCGCACCAACCAGCUCUAUGUGUCCUCAGUCUCAGCACAAAUUCUUGUUCUCCCUCUAGGGAAGUUGAUGGCUGCUACCCUCCCAACUAAUAAGUACCGGUUCCCCUUCACAAAUUGGACAUUUUCGAUGAAUCCAGGGCCUUUCAAUCUGAAAGAGCAUGUGCUGAUCACCAUAUUUGCUAACUCUGGAUCAAACAGUGUCUAUGCUGUGAACAUCAUCACAAUUGUUCUGGCUUUUUACAAAAGGAAACUGCAUCCUGCAUCAGCCUUCUUGUUAGCACAAACCACUCAGAUGCUUGGGUAUGGAUGGGCUGGCCUAUUCAGAAGAUACCUUGUUGACUCUCCUUACAUGUGGUGGCCUGCAAAUCUGGUUCAAGUCUCUCUAUUCAGGGCAUUGCAUGAAAAGGAAAAGAGACCAAAGGGAGGCCGUACAAGGCUGCUCUUCUUCUUGGUGUUCAUAUGCAGCUUUGCUUACUACAUUGUUCCGGGUUACCUUUUCCCCUCCCUAUCUACUAUCUCCAUUGUUUGCUUGAUAUGGAAGAACUCCAUAACUGCUCAACAGAUUGGUUCUGGAGCCCAUGGACUUGGCAUUGGCUCGUUUGGAAUUGAUUGGUCUACUGUUGCUGGUUUCUUAGGCAGUCCAUUGGCUACACCCGGAUUUGCUACCAUUAACAUCUUACUUGGUUUUGUUUUGAUUGUCUACAUUGUUACCCCCAUUGCAUAUUGGAACAAUGCAUAUGGUGCUCAUAAGUUCCCAAUUAUUUCCUCUCAUACUUUUGAUUCGACGGGAACAACCUACAACAUCUCCAGGAUUAUAAAUCAGAAAACUUUCAACAUCGAUAUGGACGAAUAUAACAGCUACAGCAAACUCCAUCUCAGUACUUUCUUUGCCUUCAGUUAUGGACUGAGCUUUGCCACUCUCACUGCUACAAUUUCACAUGUUGCACUUUUCCAUGGAAAAACAAUCUGGCAAAUGUGGAGAAAGACAGCUAGUGCAGUUAAAGAUCAAGUUGGUGACAUCCACACAAGGCUCAUGAAGAAGAACUACCAAGCAGUCCCUCAAUGGUGGUUUCACAUCAUCCUUGUCUCAAUGGUUGGUCUUGCAAUUUUCGCUUGUGAAGGUUUUGGCAAACAGCUCCAACUUCCAUGGUGGGGAGUUCUAAUGGCUUGUGGCAUUGCAUUGUUCUUCACCUUACCCAUUGGCAUCAUUCAAGCAACAACAAAUCAGCAACCUGGGCUUAAUGUGAUCACUGAGUUGGUUAUUGGGUAUAUUUAUCCAGGCAGGCCUCUUGCAAAUGUUGCUUUCAAGACCUAUGGCUAUAUCAGCAUGUCACAAGCACUCAUGUUUCUUGGUGACUUCAAAUUGGGUCACUAUAUGAAGAUCCCUCCAAAGUCCAUGUUUAUUGUUCAGUUAGCUGGAACAGUAGUUGCUUCUAGUGUCUACUUUGCUACAUCUUGGUGGCUUCUCCACUCCAUCGAAAACAUCUGUGAUGUCUCAUUGUUGCCGGAAGGAAGUCCAUGGACAUGUCCCGGGGAUGAUGUCUUCUACAAUGCUUCGAUCAUAUGGGGAGUUGUCGGUCCACUCAGAAUGUUCACAAAGAAAGGCAUCUACCCGGAGUUGAACUGGUUCUUCCUCAUCGGUUUAAUUGCACCUGUUCCAAUCUGGUUCUUCGCCAAGAAAUUCCCAAACCAAAAGUGGAUUAGGCUCAUAAACAUGCCUAUCAUUCUUGGAGCAACAGGUUAUAUGCCUCCUGCAAGAUCUGUCAACUACAUUACAUGGUUAGCAGUUGGAAUCUUCUUCAACUUCUAUGUGUACAGAAAGUUCAAGGGCUGGUGGGCUAGGCAUAACUACAUCCUAUCAGCUGCUUUGGAUGCUGGUGUGGCCUUCACAGGAGUUCUCUUAUAUUUCACACUUCAGAGUAAGGAUAUCUUUGGGCCAGAUUGGUGGGGUUUGUUAGCUGAUGACCAUUGUCCAUUGGCUGCUUGCCCUACUGCACCAGGAGUAGUGGCCAAAGGGUGCCCAGUUCAAUGAGAACAAAACUCAAAAGGGUGCACACAUUUAUCUUUAGUGAUCACUAGAAUAGUUAUGCAGAUUGGUCAAGUACAAGCUCUUGUAUAUGUUAAGUAGUUCGAUUUUUCUUGCAGAAUAAAUUUGUUUGUGUAGAUAAUUUAAGAAGUACUUUUCUUAGUUUUUAAUAAUUCGAUUU